AGAGAUACUCACAACGCAAACUCAAGAGCCGCGGCUCAUCGAGCAACGCUCUCCACCCAGGAUCAGGGCCUGGCGGACGUGUAGACGGUUCGUAUCUGCUCUCCGAUUUUUUUUUCCCUCCCCUCCCAUUGCUGCUUGAUUCUGGUGGUCAGCCUUACCCUAUCUGGUAUAAUAUACUGACGAGGAACUCUUAAUCUACACAGCACCAGAACCGUCUACCUUCGCCGUCCUGAACUGGCUUUCUUUUCUUUUCUCUUUAUUUCAUUAUGCCGUCCUUCUUCGCGCCAGGCCUUCAGGGCCUCCCCCCUACUCCUCCCCAUAUCAUGAGCGGUGGCAGACUGGAUCCCGAGCAGCAAUUUUACGUUGUGGGCCAUUCCGCCUUCCCUCCUCGCUACUCGCAGAACGGCUGUGAAUUCAUCGAGCAGUACUCUCAAUCAUCCUGCUACUCCAAGCCCGCCCCGAUGAAUAUGCACCCGUCGUCGAUGCGCAGUGGUAGAGACAUGGCCGUGAUGAACCAGCCCAUGUUCGGUCCGAUGCCGAACGCCAAUGUGUUGCCUCCCAUUCGAAACAACGUCCAAUUGCCCCCCGUGGACGGCGCGGUCCCGCCCCAGUACCGUCGAGAAGACGUCAUGGUGCAGCCCGAACAGCAGCAGCGCAAGGAGGAGAAGGCUACUGGAGGUGUUGCCGCCCGCUUGGAUUAUGAGAUGGACCAGAUGUCCGACUUCGUGGCUGAGAUGGCCCAGGGAAUGUAUGCUUUGUACAACACCAAGAUUCACCUUGCAGAUAUUGACUUCGCGCGAAGCGUCUACCCAGGAACGUCAGUCCCGCCGCAAUUCCGGAAGUACGUCUUUCAGAUCUUGUCGUCGACCCGCUUGCCAAGUUCGACGAUUCUUCUGGGUCUUUACUAUCUAGCCAGCAGGAUGCGCAUGCUGUCUUCUUCCAAGGUGUUUUUAUCCGGCAAUGGUCAAGUCUACCGGAUGCUCACGGUGGCACUUUUACUCGGGAGCAAAUUCUUGGAUGACAACACCUUCCAGAACAAGUCUUGGGCGGAAGUCAGCAAUAUCCCUGUGAGUGAGCUCAAUACCAUGGAGCUCGAAUGGCUGUUCGCUUUUGAGUGGAAGAUCCACGAUCGCAUCUACGAUGAUCAGGACGGGUUCACAUCCUGGCGCUCUCACUGGGACACGUGGCGGGCAAAGACCGCCCGGGCCCAUGAUUCGCGUCACAACCUGGCCCCGAUCGACACUAACGUGUCCAGGGGUUCUAGAAUCUCCAAACCGCUCAUGUCCCCUGAAGGUCCUAUCCCUCCGCAGUACCAGCGAAGCUCUCACUUUGAGACUUCCUGGCUCAACCCGGCGGCGUCUGAGUAUUCGCCCCCAUCGGCCCCCCACAGUGGCCCUAACACCCCAGACUACUACGCUGUUGGGCCGUGGGGGUACACUAACCCACCACCGCCGUAUUCUCGGACCUGGAUUCCGCCCCAGCCGCAAUACAUGCCGCAGGCGCCACGGUCGCAGCCACCUUCCUACCACCAUACACCGUCCUAUGCGUUACCUUUCGCACAGAGUGUGUGGACGGGUCAUGGCUCUUCCUGUGGUUGUUUGUAUUGUGCUAAACACGUUGAGCACUAUAUGUGCACUGGAGCUUUCGGCGCAAUGCAACCUAUUCUUGCUGGCUAAUGGGUGGUUUACCGGACUUACCUAGGAGUCGCGGUGUAUAUUGCACGUUCAGUUCGACCGACCUUUUCUGUUUUCAGCUAGACUUGUUCGCCCCUGUUUCUUGAUGAUACCGUAUCUCGUUGUUUUCGAUCUGGUGAUGACACUCAUUUUAUCCGGUUUCGGUUCUUACUGUUGUGUCCGCUCAAAAAGUCCUUUGAUCGCCUUUUUUUUUACCCUGAUAUCCUCGAAACAAAAAAAAAAUCGCAAAAAAAAAAGUGCUUCGAAGCGAUAUUCGAACAAGUGCCACAUCUACGACACAGCUUGAACAUACAUUU